AUGCACCCGUUCUCCUCGCUGACUAUUUGCAUUUUCGUCGCUGGCUAUAUCACUGCGCGUUGGGAUCUCGUAACAAGGCUCUACGAACUGGCCAUCUUUGCCUGGGAUCACGGUGUUGUUGCCAGAGCGACAAAAGCUUUUGCCAUCAUUUCGCUCAUCUUCAUCCUCAUUGCCAUUCCCCUUGACCGCAUUGCAGCACAUGAAGCAGUAGUUAAUAACGAUGGCAUGCUACGGGUAUUCUGGCCAAACAGCCUUACUCGGACAGUCACACCCGGUGUGAUAGUGGGGUGGAGAAAUUCCGAGUUGGAUUUGUUUGUCAUAACUGUCCUCGAGGACGUCGAGGUCCGCAAUGUUGAAUCGGCUCUUCGCAUGGGAACCCUCUUCCGCAAUAGUCCUUACCCUGUGGCUCGAAUUUUCCAACUUUGUGACCGGCCGAAUAUGCAUGUUUUGGGUACACUCAAUCAUCCAAAUUUGCCAGACUCAUUUGAGCCUACCCGAAUCUGCGCCUUUACGAUGCCUGGUACUAGACGGCCGUACAUUUAUUGCCCUCCGGAAGCGAACUUAUCUCUGCAGAUAGUCCUUUUCGACCCGCCCAACCCCACCCAGAUGCAGUACGUGUCUCUAGAACCGAUGUCACUCGCUCUUGGGCGGGACCACUCAUCCGCCCGAGUGCCGCUGGAUUCUGGGGACGAGGUCGAGAUUCAGGAGGGGAAAGAGCGUGAGCGGUUGUCUCAUUUGGUGUCAAAACUUCGAUUUCACACCGUGGUGAGACAUGCACCAACCAAAAAGGAAGUGGCUCUGGCUGCCAUUCUUCGCCAGAUCAAUUGUGCACAAGAGGUGGCUGAUCUGUUGCAGAAAAAUACCCCUCUCGUUGGGCCUCGUCGGAAACGAAGCAUCUCUGUGAGUGAGAGAGUCGUGGAAUCUGCACAAUCUCUCUACGCAUUUGCGGCCUGGUCUGUCUGGACAUUGUUCAUGACGUACGCAUUCCCGAGUUUGUUGUACAUUUUCAAAAUUGCCAUCAUCGGUCAUCGAAUUGUCGCGGAAGGGAUUCUUCAGAUCCUGGAAUGGCCAUUACCUUUGCAAAGAUUCCAACUUCCGGAAAGCCCCCGGCCUGUCAAUGGAACCAUUGCCCUCAAGGACAUUUCAGCUUGCUGUCAACAGGUUCACCUGAGACUACAGCAGUUUUCCUAUUACCCAACGCAAUACUCUCUCCUCCGACGUCGUCACGCGACGUGGUCGUCUUUUCCAACCACGAACAGCGACUACAUCCGAUUCUACAACUCUCUUUGGCUGGUGGCGAACGACGUUAUCAUCGGUAUAGCAUUGGGGAGUUUCAUCAGUGACAAUGCCCAGGCCACUUCGCAAUUUAUUGGGGGGGUACUGAAUGAAUACACGAUUGAAGGACUCAAACGUAUGAUCAGAUGGCUCAUGUCAUACCCUGGUGGCCUAAAACUCAACACUGAGCUCGCCGCAUUUCUGGGUGAUUUGUUUCUGUGGGUUAUCGAAUACUGGUCUUCGACGACAGUCCAGCUCAUUUUACCCCGAUUGCCCACAAUUGUAUACUUCAUUGGAUUUUCCUCUUUCGCCGGAGCGAGCAUGCCAAUCGCAAUCUUCUCCGACCUUCUCAGCUUGAUGACGAUACACAUAUAUUCCUUUUAUGUGGCAAGCGCACGCAUCUUCAACUGGCAGCUCACCAUCAUUGUCAGUCUGUUCCACCUGUUUCGAGGCAAGAAACGAAAUGUCCUCCGCAACCGAAUCGACAAUUGCGACUACGAUCUUGAUCAACUGCUGCUAGGCACGAUUCUUUUCACCUUGUUGUUUUUCCUCCUACCCACUGUGGUGGUUUUCUAUCUGACGUUCGCCUCCGCUCGAAUGGCUAUCAUAUCAUUAAAGGCCACUCUGGAUACCUGUCUGGCAUGUCUCAAUCAUUUUCCAUUGUUCGCACUGAUGCUUAGAAUCAAGGACAGCAGGAGGCUGCCUGGUGGUGUUCAUUUUCAGCUGUUGGACACAGAACACAUCCGGCUACCAUACCAGGAGGAGACUGGCCGGGAUGACGGAGAGGAAGACGGUGAUACCGAUGGACAGGAGAGCUUUGCCACAAGUGUCGCUUACAUUCGAUUGUCGCCUACUCCGUUGUUACUGCGGCAGAUAUUUGAGCAAUACUUUCAGCUCUGGGCCCGCAUCCGCCGACACUAUCUAUCUCCCAAGGUGGUAUUCCGACUACUCACAGGUCGAUUCGUACCACCCUUAGGUCGGAGCGAAAUGUACGGACUACAGUACUCUGUUCUUCCAAGAGAGCGCGCAACAAUAUCCGAAGUGUGGAAAAGCCUGAGUGAGAAUCAAUCAACCGCUCGAGAUCGUGUACCUUCCUAUCCACGCACCCCCAAAGGGUCUCUGGGAACAAAUGGGACCGUCAUAGGAAAACAAUGGAAAUGA